CUUCAGCCCUGGGACCUUCUGUCCUCCCUCUCUCCUCUCUCCUCCACUUGGAGACCUUGUGCGUUCUCCUUCUGUCUCCUUGUGUUGCGUCUACAAGCGUUGCCGUGACUGGAGCAGAGGAGAGGCAAAGCUAGAGGAAUUGAGACAGGCAAAAAAAAAGGAGAACAGAAACUCUGACUUGUCCUCUCUUACGCAGAAUUGUGUUGGAUGAGUCUGAAGUCCUGUCUUGUCUUUGUUGGGACCUGUCACUGAGGACAGGAGGCUACUAUUGCACAAAGGAGGCGAGGGAGAAGAUGAGAAGAAAGUGACGAGUUGGACUGUUGCUCUGAACGGUGGCAGAAGAUCCUCGAGCGUCAAACCCCCCGUCCUGUCCCGUCAUCCUACAGGCUCCAGCUCUGAUUGGAUGGUUUUGUCAGAAUGACAGCCGAAGAUCCUGCGUCCACCUCGACUAUGAGUAAUAAAGCUGUUCCCUCCAAAGCCUCCGGUGCUUCCCACCCUUCUCACCAUGGACAGGUUUCCGUCCCUGAGGGUGUCGCAGGUGCUCCCAAUGAGGCUGCACUAAUGGCCCUCAUGGAGCGCACUGGCUAUAGUAUGGUGCAAGAAAAUGGUCAACGUAAAUACGGUCCACCUCCUGGUUGGAACGGUCCAUCUCCUCCACGGGGAUGUGAAAUUUUUGUUGGUAAGAUCCCUCGGGAUGUUUAUGAAGAUGAGCUGGUCCCAGUAUUUGAGUCUGUAGGACGGAUCUAUGAGAUGCGUCUGAUGAUGGACUUUGAUGGGAAGAAUCGAGGGUAUGCGUUUGUGAUGUACACUGAGAAACACGAGGCCAAGCGGGCGGUGCGGGAGCUCAACAAUUAUGAAGUCCGGCCUGGGCGGCUGCUGGGGGUCUGCUCCUCCGUGGACAACUGCCGUCUUUUCAUUGGUGGUAUUCCCAAGACCAAAAAACGUGAAGAGAUCCUUGAGGAGGUUUCUAAGGUGACAGAGGGUGUGCUAGAUGUGAUUGUUUAUGCCAGUGCUGCAGACAAGCUGAAGAACCGCGGCUUCGCCUUUGUAGAGUAUGAAUCGCACCGUGCAGCUGCCAUGGCCCGCAGGAAAUUGAUGCCAGGUCGUAUUCAGCUGUGGGGUCACCAGAUUGCAGUGGACUGGGCUGAGCCAGAGAUCGACGUGGAUGAGGAUGUGAUGGAAACAGUGAAGAUCCUCUAUGUUAGGAACCUUAUGAUGGAGACCAGCGAGGAGAUGAUUAGACAGGUGUUUAGCCAGUGGAACCCUGGAUGUGUGGAGCGUGUGAAGAAAAUCCGUGACUAUGCCUUCGUCCACUUUACAUCCAGAGAUGAUGCUGUCUUGGCCAUGGACCAUCUCAAUGGCACAGAGGUGGAAGGCUCCUGUAUCGAGGUGACUCUGGCUAAGCCAGUUGACAAAGAGCAGUACUCGCGCCAGAAGGCCUCUAAGAGUGUUUCUGCAACUCCCGAGGUUACACAGCAGAACUACAUUUACCAGUGCGAUCCCUACACAUUGGCCUAUUAUGGUUAUCCUUACAACACACUCGUCGGACCCAACAGAGAGUACUUCAUCAAAGGACCCCCAAUGAUACAGAGCAAUGGUACUGUGCGAGGUCGUGGUCGUGCUGCUACAGGUAACCGUACCCCUGGACCACGGGGGUCCUACCUGGGGGGUUACUCUGCUGGUCGUGGCAUCUACAGCCGCUACCAUGAGGGCAAGACCAAACAGCCCGAAAAGCCCUAUGAACUGAUGCCCAGUUUGGAGCUUGCUGCCUCCGUCAACCCAGUUACCAUCAAACCUGGCACAAUGGCACUGCCGACUCUGGGCGGUCAGUAUCCCGCCAUGUUCAGCGCAGCUCCUGCCACCAAGCUACUGGAGGAUGAGAAGGUGCAUCCAGUGGAGCACCUGAUCAACCCGCUGGCCAUGCAGCACCCUGAACACACAACCACUUCUGCAACCGCCGUCCUACCCGCUGGCUCCACCCCGCCACCUUUCCAGGGACGUCCCAUCACUCCCGUCUAUGCUAUGGCUCACAGCGUACAGCGUAUCCCAGCCGCCGCCGGCCUGUAUGGAGGCUGGAUACGUGCCCAUUGCAAACUACGCCGCCACUCGGUAGCUCUUGCGGCUCUGCAGAAGAACGCGGCGGUGGCGGCCGCAGCAUACGGUGGCUAUGCUGGCUACGCCGUACCACAGGCUUUUCCUGCCACGGCGUUCCAGCUGCCCAUCCACAACGUCUACCAGACAUACUGACUCUGAAACAACAAAGGCUUGUGACUGAAGGACAGCAUCCCAACACGUGCCGUCUGUCCUGCCAUACCUUAAUGGGCCUUGAACUGUGAGCAUUCAAGCUCUCUAAGCAAAUGUUGGUGAACUUAAAUAUUUAGAACAUGGUCGAUGGAGUGACACCAGUUGGACAUCAUGGCUCAAAUCCUUCUCAGCGAUUGGCCUCAGCAUGUUGUGGAUGGAAGCCAGUUAUAUGAUGGAGCCUCUGUGUUUUCUCACUAACAACACCCCAUAUAACCAAAUCCAUACAUGGUUACGCUGAACAACCCCCAAACACACACACACUCGCCACCAAAUAAAA